GAGAGAGAGAGAGAGGAGGGGCCUAAGGGAAGCAUGAAGUUGUCCAUGACUUCGCUGCAGGAAGCAUUAAGAAGGGAACAGACUGCACAACAGGACGUGGUACGCUGCGUCUCUUUGGGGUCUCCACUGAGGACUGUGGCUCCUUCUCUCCUCUACUUGUUUUUCUCCACUGAGGACUGUGGCUCCUUCUCCUCUACUUGUUUUUCUCCACUGAGGACUGUGGCUCCUUCUCCUCUCCUCUACUUGUUUUUCUCCCCCACCGGGGUCACACUCUUCUUUCCUUCCUUCUCCAGAGUUCUCCUCCAAACAAAUCGGGAGCGUUCCGUUUGGACGCGUGCUGGGGAGGGUUUUCUUUUUUCUCUCCUUCCCCCCCCCCCCUCCCUUCUCCACCUCCGUGCGUAAUUUCUCUCCAGGAUCGAGGGGGAGGAAAAGAAAGAGGCGACAUCACAACAACACGAGGACGAGGAAUCGGGGGGCAGACGUCGGGGGAGAAAAUGAGAGUCGUGCUGGACUUGUGCUUGGUUCUCCUCACGCUGCUGCGCACCCCCGGCGCGCGGUGCCUGUCCACACAUGUAGCAAUCAUCUACCCCCAGGACCCCGUCCUUCGCAUGGGGUCCAACCUGACCGCCAGCUGCUGGGUCCACCCCGAACUCAGCAUCCACGCGAGCUCUCUGUUCUGGACGCUCAACGGCCAACAGCUGCCCAGCUCCCUCUACCGAGUGCUGAGCCCGACCAACCUCAGCGUGACGCUGGCCGGACUCAACGCCUCCAGGCAAACCUCCGGAGACAACCUGGUGUGUCACAACCACAAGGGACACAUCUUGGCCGGCUCCUGCCUCUACGUCGGGAUGCCUCCAGAGAGGCCGGUCAAUCUGACCUGCUGGUCCAGGAACACCAAAGACCUGACUUGCAGCUGGGCUCCGGGAGGGAAAGGAGAGACCAACAUUAGUACCCAGUACAUGCUCAAGUACAAACUCAGGUGGCAUGGCAAGGAGAAGGAGUGUGAGGACUACACUCACGCGCAGCCGUACUCCUGCAGCAUCACCCGCGACCUGCACCUCUUCACGCCCUAUGAGAUCUGGGUGGAGGCCUCCAACCAGUUGGGUCGGGCCACCUCCGAUGUCAUCACGCUUGACAUCCUAGACGUAGUGACCACGGACCCUCCGUCAGGUGUGAUGGUGAGUCGCGUCGGGCAACUGGAAGACCAGCUGAGUGUUCGCUGGGAGGCGCCGCCCGCUCUCAAAGACUUCCUCUUCCAGGCCAAAUACCAGAUCCGCUACAGACUGGAGGACAGCCAAGACUGGAAGGUGAUGGACGACGUCGGGAACCAGACUUCCUGCAGACUGGCCGGACUCAGACCAGGAACCGUGUAUUUUGUCCAGGUCCGCUGUAACCCUGUGGGCAUCUAUGGCUCACGCAAAGCUGGGAUCUGGAGCGAGUGGAGCCAUCCCACCGCGGCAUCCACGCCCCACAGCGAGCGGUUGAUGUCGGGCUCCUGCGACUCCAAGUCCAGCGGGGACUCCAACUCCACCCUGCGCAGGGAGCUGAAGCAGUUCUUCGGCUGGGUGCGGAAACACGCGUACGGCUGCAGCAGCAUGUCCAUGAAGAUGUACGACCAGUGGCGAGUGCUGAUGCAGAAGUCCCACAAAGCUCGCAACCAGGUUCUCCAAGGGGAUAAAUCCUAGCACAUGCUGCCGUUUACAGGCAGAAAAACAAGUCAAGGAAAGAACUGAGCGCGUGUGAUUUGUUUUUUUUUUGUCCUUUUGUGUGCAUGAGGAAUGAGAAAGCGAUUGUAUUCGUAUAUGGGAAUUAUAAAAGACAAUUUGUUCUGGGCAAUUUUUGUGCGGAUACCCAGCAAUGAAACGUGAGAGGACGUCCAAGGAGAAACAAUGGGAUUUUCUUCCGUAGAGCAUCUUUUCCAGUCAACUUGAGCGCCGUGUUUUUUUUCCGCCUGAAAACGUUUUUCAACCCGGGGGAAAGGACUGAGAAGGCGGACGCGUCACGGGCAUCCUGGUAGCGUGUGGUCUCCUCCGCUUCCACACAGGAAGUUGACGCAGGAAUUACUCGGACACCGGUUAAAGACGUUUUGACAUGGGCCUGCUCUGAGUGUGCACAGAGGUGGUGGGAAACCGACCCGAGCCAAACGGAGGCGUUUACUCGAGGCAUCCAAAAGUGUUCUGUGACCUUCUCUGGAUUUCUCCUGUGGAUUCAAAGCACCAUCUAGUGGCUGCUCCACCUCCAUGGACGCUCCCAAAAACCAAACCUGUUCUCUGCGGUCCUGAAAGAGAGAGAGAGAGAGAGAGAGAGAGAGAGAGAGAGGGAAAAAAAAGUACCAAAUCAUCAUUCAGUAUUUCUAAUUCAUGCUUUGUUAUAUAUUGUGCCAAACUGGUUCACCCAGGAUUCCUCUGUUCUCUGAGUGGCCGUGUCCGAGUGACUGAUGUGACACCGCGGUGUUUGGGUACGGAAACGUUUCACUGCCUUUUUGUUUUGUUUUUUGUACUGAGUUGAACCAGCAUAUUUAAAACUGUAUAAAGUUAUGUUCUAUUCCUUAAGUUAUGUUUAGUUAGCAAAGAAAUAUCAAUGACUGAAGUUGUUAUUAAUCUGUAAUGUUGCUCUAUAAAAAAAAUGUUGCCAGAAAAA